GUAGUCCUGGAGAGAACUACAGCCCCCAGCAUGCCUCCCGCGCUUCAGGCCCGCCGGCUGGGGGUUCUGCUGUGGCGGCGGCGCUGGGAGCGGCAUAUUAUGGAACCGAGCCCAGCAGGAGGAGGUGGAGGUCCAGGGGAACCAGCACAUGCCGUGGCACUGCUACGGGGUCUGAGUGCGCUGCGCUCUGAGCAGAGCCUGCUUGAUGUGACAGUGGUGGCCGGGGGCUGUGAGUUUGGGGCACACCGAGCUGUGCUAGCUGCAGCUUCUGGCUAUUUCCGUGCCAUGUUCGGUGGGUCACUGCGGGAGUCCCGGGCCGAGCGGGUGCGGCUACAUGGGGUGGACCCUGAGUGCCUGGCGCUUCUGCUUGACUUUGCCUACACUGGUCAGGUGGGGCAGCUGGGCCCUGACAUCGCAGAGCGGCUGCUGCGUGCUGCCGACCUACUGCAGUUCCCAGCUGUGAAGGAGGCAUGCGGCGCUUGGCUGGCCCGGCAGCUGGAGCCAGCCAACGCGUUGGACAUGCAGGACUUCGCAGAGGCCUUUGCUUGCCCAGCCCUUGCGGCAGCUGCACACCGCUUUGUGCUGCGCCAUGUGGGUGAGCUGAGCACGCAGUUGGAGCGGUUGCCACUGGCGCGGCUCAUCUCCUACUUGCAGGACGAUGAGCUGUGUGUGCCCAAGGAGGAGGCUGCCUUCCAGCUGGCACUGCGUUGGGUGCGCGCCGACCUACCUGCCCGUGCUUCGCUGCUGCCGCAGCUCCUGGCCCAUGUGCGCUUGCCCUUUGUGCGCCGUUUCUACCUGCUGGCACAUGUGGAGGGCGAGCCCCUCGUGGCGCGCUGCCAGCCCUGCCUGCGCCUCCUGCGGGAGGCCCGCGACUUCCAGGCUGCCCGCUAUGACCGGCACGACCAGGGGCCAUGUGCUCGCAUGCGGCCACGACCCUCCACCGGCCUGGCAGAGAUCCUUGUGCUCAUUGGCGGCUGUGACCGUGAUUGUGAUGAGCUGGUCACCGUUGAUUGUUACAACCCACGCACGGGGCACUGGCGCUACCUGGCCGAGUUUCCUGAGCACUUGGGCGGUGGCUACAGCAUAGCAGCGCUGGGCAACGACAUCUACGUGACAGGAGGAUCAGAUGGGUCAAGGCUCUAUGACUGUGUCUGGAGAUACAAUUCUAGUGUGAAUGAGUGGACAGAAGUGUCUCCAAUGUUGAAAGCAAGAGAAUACCACAGCUCUACAGUCUUGGAUGGACUGUUGUAUAUCAUAGCCUCAGACAGUACAGAACGUUACGACCACUCCAUAGAUGCCUGGGAGGCUUUGCAGCCUAUGUUGUACCCCAUGGACAACUGUUCCACCACAUCUUGUCGUGGCAAACUCUUUGCUAUUGGCUCUCUAGCAGGCAAAGAAUCCAUGGUUAUACAAUGUUAUGACCCUGAAAUUGACCUCUGGUCCCUAGUGAAUUGUGGACAGCUGCCUCCGUGGUCUUUUGCACCAAAAACUGUGACUCUUAAUGGACUUAUAUACUUUAUAAGAGAUGACUCUGCUGAAGUGGAUGUUUACAAUCCAAUGAAGAAUGUAUGGGACAAAAUCCCUCCUAUGCUCCAGGUUCAUGUUGGAGGGAGCUUGGCUGUGCUUGGUGGGAAGCUCUAUGUUUCCGGUGGCUACGAUAACACAUUUGAACUUUCAGAUGUGCUGGAAGCUUAUGAUCCAGAAACUCGAACGUGGAGCAUAGUGGGACGGCUGCCUGAACCCACCUUCUGGCAUGGAAGUGUCAGCAUAUUCCGACAGUUUAUGCCACAAACUACACAAGAAGACGACAGUAUCACUCUGGAUAAUGCCAUUAACCUAAACAGGCAGCGCCAGAAUCUUCAUAAUCAGAAUCUUAAUGAGUUACGUUAACCACAGAAAAACUUAUCUCUGGCUUGAAGUGAAUUCAUUACAAAUAACCAGUGUCACUUUGUGGGAGGUCAGGAGGCAAACUGGUGCUUGGAAACUCUGAAAUGGAUUGAUCAGUAAUUGCAAGUAGGGAAGAAGUAAAAACCCUGAAAGAUUAAAAUGUUGUUGUAGGGAGCAUAGUUGGCAGAAAGUUUGAGGCCUCUUUGGGUGCAAUGUCCUUCAGCACUUUUCUGUGGAUGGAGAAGGUGCAGCAUUAGCCACAGAAAAGUUCUGAUAAGAGAACUCUGGACAAAACAGAUAUUUUUAAAAAAUCACUUGUUAUUCAAGCACCAAUAUUGCUCUUCCAGGCAGCACUGUGUAGCUUUUGAUCAGACAGCUUUCACUAGUACUCUGCAGUCAGCAUCUUUCCACAUCAUAACACUUCAUAUUUGCCACCAAAUUCCAUUCUUUGUGGCAGUGUUUUGUGGAAACACAGAAAAUAGGGAGGACUGAAGUUCGCUAAUACCAGAGGCUCUCUGAAAGGGGAGAGAUUGGUUUAGUAAGAUAUACCUGCAGAUCUAAUGCUCUGCUCAGUGCUUCAGAGGAAGAUAGACCUCUUGCCCAGAUCCUUGCCAAUAUGAUCUGAGGGAAAAUUCCACCCCCAAAGUUUGGGUUCAUUAUAGAUGUGCAGAUAUGAGGAUAUAAAUACCUAGCCCUAAAUAUGCUGAGAGCCACCAUAAACUUUAGUCACUCUUCAUGCUUUCAUGAAGAACCUUUUAAAUUGUAUUUGCAUAAAAAGCUCAGUGCAAGGAUAUUAAGGUUGAGAGUCAUGAAGUUUGAAAUUUCUUUCCGCUGCAACCUUAAAUGUGUGAUAAAUUAAUUGUUAAAAACCCCAACGCACUGUAAGUUUUUAUACAGAAUUUUCAUUACCCCAAGCAGCUUGUGCUUUUAUUGGUCCUUACUAGGAAAAUAUUUCUUUAGAAACUUUUCAUUUUAAAAAUGAUUCACAUAUUUAGAUUGAGUGAAAUGUCAAAUACAUUUCAAUUUCUUUUUUUAAGCAAAUAUUCAUCUGAGAAGAAGAGUCGGAGAAGACUUUAGGGGCUGGACGCUCAUGUCAAAGAUCUCUUGGAGAAGAACAUCCUUCUCCAUUGACGUUCAGAUCUGAAUAACAUUUUUGUUUCUAUCAAACUGUUUAGCCUGCAGUUGAACUUGGCAGAAAAAUCUCUGCAGUAUGGUCUUGCCUACUGAGGUUACUUGCUAUUUAUUAUUGAUGUUCCAUAAACUCUAAAGAUUUUAACUUGACUCUUUUUAUAUAAAGGAUUGCAAAAUUUGUGCUCGAUUGAGCAGCUAGAUCCUGGAUAGUAGUUGGGGACACUGUAAAGUGCAGAAGGUGUAUUCUCACUAUUUAGACACUAAGGAAGUAGAUCAGAAUGGUAUUUUUAGGGGAGAACUUAUUUAAAGGGAGGAAAUAAAGAAGAGCUUCUUUGGGAACCGUCCCAUGGAUUUGAGCAAAGUAAUUUAUUACACAGUACAACUCUACUCUGAUAUAGUGCAACUCGAUAUAACACGAAUUCGGAUAUAAUGUGGCAAAGCAGUGCUCUGGGGGGGUGCACUCCAGCGGAUCAAAGCAAGUUUGAUAUAACGCGGUUUUACCUAUAACACAGUUAAGAUUUUUUGGGUCCUGUGGACAGCAUUAUGUUGGGGUAGAGGUGUAUUUGGUAUAUAGAAAAAUAAUUUUAUGCUGCUUCAAACAUUCAUGAUAAAGAAUGGUGGCUAAGCGAAGGUAAAUUUACGGUUUAUAAACGGAUCAAUUUGCUGAGUGAUAGAACCUAAUGUUGUUGUUACUCAUUCAUCAAAAUAAUUUAAAGCAGCUGUUGGAAUUUUUUAGCAAUUGGUAAAUGCUAAUCAGGCCCUUUAGUUAGUGCAGAGAGGCUGAAUUUUGUUUAGAUCACUAUUUUGUAAUCAGUAAGUUCUGCUUUCAGACGUAAGUGAUCUGGCAGGCUUAAUUUUAUUUCCUGUAUUUAACCUAAAAGCACAUUUCACUGGAAGAGGAAAUUUCCUGCUAAUUCCUUGAUUUGAGUGUCUGGCUGUUCCUACAAAGCUCUUAAAUUUCAAAAUGCGGCAUGGUCUAGUUGAAAACAAGCAUUAAUGUCCUUUGGGAAAGAAUGAUGACGUGAAAUAGUGGGUGAGAUGGUAGCUCUGCAUUUUCUUAGUGGGAAAACUGUAUGAAUUUAAACUUCACCUACACAACAAACCCAGAUAUUCAAUCUCUCAAAUCUUUAGGCUUCUUCAUUUGGAAGAUGCUGUAGGAUAUCCUAACUCACUGAAAUAUCCUAAGUUCCCAAGGGAUAAAGCAUUUUCUACAGCUCUUGAGUCUGUUCUCUCUGGAACACUUUCUCUCUAAUGCAAACUUUCAGCAGAGAUUCUUCCCAGUUAUCCUGAACUAGGACCACUCAAACUUUGAUAGGUUAUUGACAGUGCCUUAUCAGAAUGUAGCCUGAGACAGGGUUAUAGCGCAACUAGAUUGUGUUGACAAACUUCAGUCUACCAAGACUUCACAGUGGGUGGAACAAAGUCACUGUAUAAAUCAACUUGAUAGAGCUGGCAAACUUCAAGUUCUGUUUUGUUUUGGAAACCUCUGCACAUGUUGCGGGGGAGUCCUGGGGAUCCUGCUUCAAAACCUCUUGCUAGAGCUUCAUGUCAUGAACAUCAGUCUGCUGGCAAGGAUGACUAGACAAGAUGGUGGGACUCCUAUAUUAGGCAAAGGAGCUUAGACUGGUAUGUCACACUUUGACCCUUGCUAGUGCUACCAGCUGGAAAGAAUGAAAAUCUCACAGAGUUUCCUACUUGGGAGUUGGGAAUGCCAAUCAGUGGACCAUUUGGUUAUCUCAGUCAGGCUUUUAGUAUCACAAAUUUUAUAGUAACCAGUAGGAAACCUACAAAGAAAUGAUAGUUCUGUUACGUAUUCCCCUCUCUUGUAGCUCUUGUUUAGCUGGUGUGGAAGCAAGAACAUGGGAGAGCUUCUUCUUUGAGGUUUUCAGCUCUAUAAACAUGUUUUUGUUACUGAAAAUAUAUUUUUUAUAUCUAGCUCCUGUGCUGUUCUCAAGCUAAUGUUAAGCAAGAUACAGGGCUCAUUUUGGUGAAGCUUGCCUAUUUCCUUGAACAGAUGCAAUGAAUUGAUGCAAUUUCUUCACUUCUGGCUGUUGAAUACUAUGCCAACAAGCAAUUUGUGUCCCCACAAAAGUUUAACUGAAACCUCAAGUCAGUCUCUCUUCCACUGAGCUUGUGCAAUUAUUGUAAUGGGAGUGGUAAACACAACCAUAUUGUGCUCAAGAGGGUGCCAGUUAUUUAAGCAUGUAUUCAAGUCCAUCUUAAGAUGUGGAGCACUGCUAUCUACAUGUUGUAAUUUAGUAUAACAAUUUGCAUAGUAGAAUGGUCAAGUAUUUAUGCUGAACUAUUAAAGUAUAUUUAUGUAGAA